CCCGCGGCUGCCGAGAUUCCCGCUGACGCCCGGGACCCCGCCGCCUCCCUCGCUCCUCUCGGACGCGCCCGACGUCCCGGCAGCUGCCGGAGUGGGAGCCGGAGUGACGGCGGGAGAGGCGGCCCGACCGCGAGGCCCGGCGCUCCCGACAGGUGAGAGGGGCGGAAACGGCGCCGCCGGGCAGAGGUGGCUGCGCACCCACCGCGGCCGAAACCGGCUCUUCCGCAGCCCCGUCCCCUCCGCUCCGCUUCAGCCUCCGGAGUUAGGGUAAACGCGGAGUCCUGAAGUUUGGGAAAUAGACCAAGUCCGCCAUCGGUUCCGGACUCCUCGGUCCCCGGGGCGCAGGACAAGCCGCGCGGGGCAGCCUCGGAGAACCGAGUGUGGGAGCGCCUGGCUCCAAGCAACACCCUCCUUUGUCUCGGCUCCAGAGUCAGCAUUCUCUGUGAAGACGUCCACAGCGUGAAUUCAUGCAGGAAGCAGGAAUUCUGGGGAUUUGAAGAUUGCAUAGUCAUUGAUAAGACUCUUACAAGAGCUUUGAGUGUGACUGGAAAAGGAAAUAUCUACUUCUCAUAUAAAGAAAUCAUAUGGUCAAAUGGAAGUGGCAUGGAUAUAAAGACCUUGAAGAAAGAAUAGCCCAGAGAAUUGCAAAGCCAGGGAAAGACACGGUGGAGAGUCACCAGCAGUCCAUGAAACGAAUGCAGAAAAACUGAAAAUCAGCCUUGCGUGAGUGUUGUCAAAUUAGAGAAUAAAAGGCCAAGCUAUGAUAGCAACUGGUGGAGUGAUAACCGGCCUGGCCGCCUUAAAAAGGCAAGACUCUGCCAGGUCACAGCAGCAUGUCAACCUCAGCCCGUCACCUGCCGCCCAAGAGAAGAAACCAGUCAGGCGUCGGCCCCGGGCCGAUGUUGUGGUUGUUCGUGGCAAAAUCCGGCUUUAUUCCCCGUCUGGUUUCUUCCUCAUUUUAGGAGUGCUUAUCUCCAUCGUAGGAAUCGCAAUGGCGGUCCUUGGAUAUUGGCCCCAAAAAGAACACUUUAUAGAUGCCGAAACAACAUUGUCAACAAAUGAAACUCAGGUCAUUCGGAACCAGGGCGGUGUGGUGGUGCGCUUCUUUGAGCAGCAUUUGCAUUCCGAUAAAAUGAAAAUGCUUGGCCCUUUCACCAUGGGGAUUGGCAUUUUCAUUUUCAUUUGUGCUAAUGCCAUUCUUCAUGAAAACCGUGACAAAGAAACCAAAAUCAUACACAUGAGGGAUAUCUAUUCCACCGUCAUUGACAUCCACACGCUAAGACUCAAGGAGCAGAAGCAGAUGAACGGCAUGUACACCGGUUUGGUGGGAGAAACAGAAGUGAAACAGAACGGGAGCUCCUGUGCUUCAAGACUGGCAGCAAAUACGAUCGCCUCUUUCUCAGGGUUUCGAAGUUUUCGAAUGGACAGCUCUGUGGAGGAGGAUGAACUUAUGCUAAAUGAAAGCAAAAGUUUGGGGCAUCUUAUGCCCCCUUUGCUCUCUGACAGCUCUGUCUCUGUCUUUGGCCUCUAUCCACCUCCUUCCAAGACAGCCGAUGAUAAGACCAGUGGCCCUAAGAAAUGUGAAACCAAGUCAAUUGUGUCAUCGUCCAUCAGUGCUUUCACAUUGCCUGUGAUCAAACUGAAUAACUGUGUGAUUGAUGAGCCCAGUAUAGACAACAUCACCGAGGAUGCUGAUAACCUCAGAAGUAGGUCAAGGAAUUUGUCAAUGGAUUCCCUUCCGGUCCCUUUGCCCAACACCAGGGAAUCAUGCCAGGCUGCAGGCAGCAUGGUGCUCCCGAGGAAUAAUUCCGUUGGGGAGUCAUUGUCCAGUCAGUACAAGUCCUCGAUGGCCCUUGGACCUGGGCCUGGGCAGCUCUUGUCUCCUGGAGCUGCUAGAAGACAGUUUGGGUCCAACACAUCGUUGCAUUUGCUCUCGUCGCACUCGAAAUCCUUAGACUUAGACCGGGGUCCCUCCACCCUCACUGUUCAGGCGGAACAACGGAAACAUCCAAGUUGGCCUAGGUUGGAUCGAAACAACAGCAAAGGAUACGUGAAACUAGAGAACAAAGAGGACCCGAUGGACAGGUUGCUCGUGCCCCAAGUUGCAAUCAAAAAAGACUUUACCAAUAAGGAGAAGCUUCUUAUGAUUUCAAGGUCUCAUAAUAAUUUGAGUUUUGAACAUGAUGAGUUUUUGAGUAACAACCUAAAGCGGGGAACUUCUGAAACAAGGUUUUAAUGUUUAGAAAAACAUAUCAUUUUACAAGAGUAUAUAUUUUAAAACUCUUUUCAACAGUGUUUCCUUCUUAAAGCAUUGGCCGGAAGCCUUUUUAAUCAGAUGGUUUGUAGUGUAUUAGAACUGGCUGCUUAGUUCUGUGACGGAGAUGGUUAUAUGUUUGGGUUACUUCUGACUGCAGUACUUUAUGUUACCACAUAUGAUUUUAUUUUUCCAUUCCUUUGAAAGCAUGAUUUUUUUUUAUUAAUAUGAGUACAAAAUACUUGCAUCCAAAUUAAAACUCCUUUUCUUUACUUUUAAGUUCUUUCAUUGAUUGUUAUAUUCAUAGAAUGAAGUGUCCAGUAUGGAAAACAUUGGGUUCCAAAGUGUGAACCGGAAGUACCAAAUUCCGGCCCAAUAGUCAAUAUUUAUUUAUAAAUGAGUGUCAGUGCAAAUCAUAGGAUAUGAUUUUCUGAAUAAUUGCUCUUGUAUAGGAUUGGUUAAAUUAUUUAAGAGGAAAAAGAUCUAGUUUCUAUAUGAACUCAAUAAUAUGAAUUGGUUAAGUUGGUUGUGAAUCUUAUCCUGAGCUUUAAGUAGGUAGUAUUUUUUUUUAACAUCAGUUCUGUUUUGGUGAUGUUUUAUCAAGAAACAAUGUAUUCAAGAGCCAUGGCUGAGAAUGCCAGAUAUAUUUAGGGAUAAGUAUCAAAAUGCUAUUAGCUCUAACUCUAGAUAUAAUAAGAAUCAAAAUUUCUUUGCAAACUGACUUGAAGAAGUAAAUGAACCAAGAUAGUUUGCAGAAAUGCGAUCUUGAAAUAAUUAUAUACAUGAAGAAAAUGUUGACCAAUUAACGAUGACACAUUAUCUGCUAGUUAAUGCUAACUAGUCUUAGUACCUUUUUCUAGCCAUCUGGUACCAUCCAAUAUCCACUCAUUCCCACAUCCUUAUUCUCCCCCAAUAUUUUUUAGGUACUGGUAUUUAGAAAACAAUCAGCUAACCUCGACGUUUCUCUUAGUCUUCACAUGCCACUAGCUUGGUGUUUCAAGAAAAUUCAGGCCUUGACAAAUUGCCUUGAAAUUUACCUUGUGCUGGAGAGCUUUAUGAUCACUCCAAAGACUUUACACUUUUAGGCUUGUGGUUCUCAGUUAUUGAAGAUAAUAAAUAUUAAAAAUGGAUGUGUCUAUCAGAAAAUUUUCAUGUUUUCCCUUAAGGUAACAUAUUUUAAGAAUUGUUUGAUGGAAUACUCAGGAAAUUUUACAGGUUUUCCCCCAUGCCUAAGCAUUUCUGAACAUCAGGAUGCGGUUGCCAUGGACGAGCAGAAGGCGGUGUGUACAUUUGGCUGCGUAGCGCCCCACGACCCACCUGCAUUUGCAUCACAAGCUUUCUCAGCUGAGGCGCAGUGUUACUUGUUAGAACCUCCAGCCUGUGUAUUGUAAUAGGAUGGGCUCACUAUUUUACUAUAAAGCAUUUAAUAAACUUCUGUUAUUAAUAGAA